UUUUUUUUUUACUGCAAGCCAAAACUGGUUAUAAGAACGUCACAUGUUGUUUUUCUCUCCAGCGCAGUCACUGUGGCGUUAUUUGGUGCUUAACUGUUGCAGAUAGCGGACGGGAACAUCGGGUCAUGGAAUAAGUAAGCGGAUUCUCGGUGCUUUGGAAAAUAGCACAAAACAACUUCUCUAAAAGUAAGUGAAGCGUGCGCAUCAGAAUGGCGAGUCCCCAAACGAAUGGAGGACACUUGUUGUCUAAUGUGACCAAUAACAGUAAUAACAUUAAGAAAUGUGGAUAUCUAAAGAAACAGAAGCAUGGACACAGACGUUUUUUCGUAUUGAGAGAACCCAGCGAGAGUUUUCCUGCGCGGCUGGAAUACUACGAGAGCGAGAAGAAGUGGAAAAACAAGUCGGCUGCUAAAAGGGUGAUACUGCUGGACUCCUGUCUUUGCAUAAACAAGCGCGCUGACUCCAAGCACAARCACCUCAUCGCCUUUUACACCAAGGACGAAUACUUUGCAGUGGCAGCCGAAAACGAGCAGGAGCAGGAGAGCUGGUUUCGAGUGUUGUCGGAUUUGAUCGAAGAGGGGAAAGUCUAUGACAGCCCCGCGUCUAAUUCCACCUCUCUUUUCUGUUUCGAGGAGGCGAAUUACAGUAUGAUCACGCCGGCCACUGCCUCUUGCAAGGAGGUAUGGCAAGUGAAUUUGAAAUCCAGAGGACUGGGUCAAACAAAACAUUUGACAGGGGUGUUUAGGCUGUGUUUAUCCAGUCGGACUAUCAGCUUUGUGAAACUGAACUCGGAGGUUGCAGCUGUCAGUUUACAGCUCAUGAAUAUCCGGAGAUGUGGCCACUCCGACAGCUUUUUCUUCAUCGAGGUUGGUAGGUCAGCUGUCACUGGCCCCGGUGAGCUCUGGAUGCAGGCGGAUGACUCGGUGGUUGCGCAAAACAUCCACGAGACCAUCCUGGAGGCGAUGAAAGCCAUGAAAGAGCUGUCAGAAUCAAGACCGCGCAGCAAGAGUCAGGCGGCUAGCACCAACCCCAUUUCCGUGCCCACAAGACGCAACUUGAACAAUCUGCCCCCAAGUCAGACAGGGUUGGUGAGGAGGUCGAGAACAAACAGCAUAGUGGCCACAUCCCCAAUGAGCAAGUUCACAUCCUGUCGGAUAAGGACAGCUAGUGAGGGGGAUGGCAGCAUGGUCAGGCCAGUGUCUAUGUCAAUAUCUAUGAGCGGGAGCCCCACCAGUCCCUUCUCCAACCGGAACCCUCUGAGCAGGUCCAAUACGCUCUCCACUGGCCGCACCUGCCGGAUACUGGAGUCCAGCCUCCAGCACAGCCGCUCCAUGCCCAUCUCCAACUCCCCUCCCUCAGUCUGCAGUUCCAUCUGCCUCUCCCCCAUGAGUGGGACCCUCCCCACCCCUGUUGCGGUCCACCGCCCCUUCAGCUGCAGCGCCUCUAUCUCAGGCUCCCUCAGCGACGCAAGCUUCAUGCUAUGCAACGAGCACUGCUCCAGUCCAGGCGACACCUCCAGGCUCCUACCCCUCACCAGGAGUGACACCCACGACUCCCUCUCCAGCACUCCUCCCUCCCGGGAGAUCAACGACCUGUGUGGCUACAUGAUUAUGGACAGGACGAAUGACCAACGGCAGGUGUGCCAGGAGGAGGACUUGACAUCGGGGAAGGCGUACAGGAAGAGGACAUACUCCCUCACCACACCACGCCAUCAGAGGGUGCCCGCCCAGCUGUCCUCUGCCUCGUUGGAUGAGUACACCUUAAUGCGGGCUGCCCACCACACCAACAGCGGGCACCACUCCGGGCGCAGCUCCACCUCCGCCUCCCCAAAGGUGUCCUACCCCAAAUCCAAUGGUAACCAAGUAGGGGAUGAUGGCUAUAUGCCUAUGAUGGCGGGCGUGGCAGCGCCGCCCGGGGGUAACCACAGCAAGGCAGAUGCUUACAUGCCCAUGAGCCCCAUGUGUGUCUCGGCUCCCAAGCAGAUCAUUAGCCCCUGGGCCCAAAACCACCAGUACGAGGCCGGCGACCAGACCAACUCACCCAGCAGCGGAGGCUCCUUGGAGGACAGUGGCUACAUGAGGAUGUGGUGUGGCUCCAAGUCGUCCGUUGAAAGCCCAGACAGCCGCUCGACCUACAUGAACAUGUCCCCUCGCAACGCCGCUUACACCACCUCGCAGACCCCCCCGGACUACUUCCUAGACCAGCUUCCGGGUGGUGAGCCUUCCAUCACACCCAUCUACUCCACAGACUCCCUGCCACGCCCCAUCAAACUCCACCAGGCUUCCAAGGAGGCGGGGGACACUGGUGACCAGUACGUCCUGAUGAGCCCGCAAGGCCAUCAGUCGCUAGGUAGGGAGUCAGACGACUACUACUCGGUGAUGACCAAUCCGGCCCCGCCCAACUCCUCGGUGCCCUCGCCCAUCAGACAUAGCCGGGGGACUGAGAGCCUGACAUCCCACCGGGGGAGGAUGGGGCGGCCCAACCGGCUUUCUCUGGACAGCUUUAGGAUCCUACCCUGCAUGAACGAGCACCUCUUGCCCGGGGAACCCAGGAGCCCGGGCGAGUAUAUCAACAUAGACUUCAGUGAGGGCACCAAGUACUCCCCGCCGUCAGCAUCCAAUGAGAGCCAGGAGUCGUCUCUGGGCUCCUGUGGCGGCCAGCCGAGGUCCCCUCUCUCCGACUACAUGAACCUGCACCAUGUCGUCUCACACUCACCCAAGGCUGGAGACACCCCUGYCGGACGGUUGGACAUGGUCCCUGAGUCAUCCCUGUGCCCUUGUCCGGAUGGGGAGGGAGUGUACCGUCUCAGAUCGAAGAGGGAUUCCAAGUUCCCCCAGAGAGGCAAGGAUGAGUACACCGAGAUGACAUUUGGACUUGGAAUGGCCAACAUGCCUCCCCAGUUCGUCCCUCAGACCUCAGCAAGCCCCAGUGCCAGAGAGAAGAGGCUAUCCCUGGGUGAGCAGGUCCUCCCGGGGGGCAUGGGGGUGUUCCGUCUUGGCGCUGCCACCCCCGUGGAUCCUGACGGGGCCGCCAAGGUGAUCCGGGCUGACCCCCAUGGGCGCAGGCGGCACAGCUCCGAAACCUUCUCUUCUACGGCUACCGUCACCCCCGUGUUCCCCUCGUUCGCCCAUGGGGACGCCAAACACCACAGCUCGGUGGAGAACCUGUCGGUGCGGAGCAGCGAGAGCUCAGACGAGGAGUGUGGCAGCCCCAUGAGUAGAGAGACCUCUAUGGGCUUCCAGAAUGGACUGAACUAUAUUGCCCUGAACCUGAUGGAGGACAGGGACCGGGAGGGACCUUGUUGCGAAGACCUGACCACGGUCAGCUUUAAGCCGGCCAGCAGCUGCAAGGGAGCCCUCCAUGGAUUACAUGUCGCACCGUACGUCUGUUUGGGGUUCAAGGAGGCGGUCACCUCUGUCAAAGACUGAACAGGACAGCGGACAAUCCAAGCCCUCAUCAUCCUUGCUCUGAGAUGGRCCGUCAUACAUUGGGGUGGCCGAGACAACCUGCUGCUGUAAAUGAAGUCAGUCGGUGCCUCGUGACCCAACAAACACCCCCACCAUGACUAACUCUCUCGCMCACGAAGGGGAAUCCUAACACUGGUGCUGUCCCAGAGACUCUGUACUAAAAAGUAGAUGGGGGCAGAGGCUCCUGUAUGUGGGGGGCCUCUGUGUCUAGAGGCUAUAUUUCUAGCUCUGUUUAUUUGUUUAGAAUUUUCUCUCUGGUUUUUGGUUUUGGCUCGUGGACUGUGAGUAGCCUGUCUGUUGACCCCCAGGACAUGUAAAGCAAACCAUGGUAAGGCACAGUAUGUGUACUUACACCCUCCUCAAAAGACGCGGCCCCCCCGCACACACACACGGUACGCAGAUAUUAUUUAUUUGCUUACAUGAGUAUGGAUGGGUCAAAGUUUGUGUCUGUGUGUGUAAAAACGGACACCAUGAUCGUUUCAGUAACACAUUCACUAACAGACCGUUUAAAAUAAUCCAAUCCCUACCUCAGAAAGAGCAAGGUAUGAGAAACGUAUAGAUAUAUUUAGGUUCUAUUUAUUUUGGAAUGUUUCAUGUAGACCAACACAAAGCCUUGUCUCUGGUUCUAUUUGUACUGCACAACAAAGAAAACCUGAUUUAUUCUACUAUUUUCUUAAAUCUAAUUUAAUUUUAGCAUGCUUUAUCGUGCUACAGUUGAAGUCGGAAGUUUACAUACACCUUAGCCAAAUACAUUUAAAUUCAGUUUUUCACAAUUCUUGACA